GUUAAACUCUGCAGCACUUGAUGUUUGGUGUUCGUGCAAAGCAUUGAUUUGGGCAUGAUUUGUUUAUUUGAUUUGAGAUGCAAAUUUUGUUUUUUCAUUUUUCUAAAAAUGGAAGAUUCUGAAUUUCUGAUACUUCCUCCUAAUUAUCUGAUUAUUGCUUCUGACCUUCUAAAACAUGAUUUAUAUUUUAAAUGGUUUUCUUAGAGAUCCUUUAAUUAAUUCAGUUGGUUGUCCAUGAUAUUGUUCUUUUGAGUUAUGAUGGUGCUUUGAAUUGAUAUACUGCUUUUGUUGUAUAAAGUUAAAUGUGCAUAUGAUUUUGAACCGUAGAUUCUUAUAUGAAUUGACGUCUAUAAUAGUCUCUCCACUCAAACUCAAGUAAACUACAGUGAAUCAAUUUUUUGCUUAUUGCUUUGUAAACAAGAUGUUAUGUGCACAUGCACAUUCAUACAUACAGAGAUUGGUUUUGUUUCCUUGACUUCGAUAAUGAAACUUUGGUUCCUUGGAUGGUUGGUGUUUCAUAAGUGGCACAAAUCAUAACCACAUUAUAAGCAUUAUACUCGAUAAGGAGGAUCACAUCACUGAACUGCUAGUCUGCUAGUUGAGCUUAUUGUGUAAUAUCUUGUCGGAUCUUUCAAAAGAGCAAGAUGGGUUCCAGAUUCAAUUCUCAUCAACUCAGUAAUGGCCUUUACGUAUCAGGCCGGCCAGAGCAACCAAAGGAAAGGACUCCAACUAUGAGCUCAGUUGCCAUGCCCUAUACUGGUGGAGAUAUCAAGAAGUCAGGAGAACUAGGGAAGAUGUUUGAUAUCCCUACGGAUGCCUCUAAGUCUAGAAAAUCUGGACCUAUAACUGGUCCUCCUGCAAGGACUGGAUCUUUUGGAGGUGCUGCUUCACAUUCAGGACCAAUCCCUAAUGCUACAGUUCGUGCUGGCCAUACCACAUCAGGUCCUGUAUCAUCUGGAGGCAUGCCUGGUUCUGCUUCCUUAAAGAAGUCAAAUUCUGGACCACUGAAUAAGCAUGGGGAACCUCUAAAGAAGUCGUCUGGUCCUCAAUCUGGUGGGGUAACACCAACUGGCCGCCAAAACUCAGGACCUCUUCCUCCUGUUCUCCCUGCAACAGGUCUCAUUACAUCUGGACCCAUUUCUUCUGGUCCACUAAAUUCUUCUGGUGCCCCUCGGAAGGUAUCUGGUCCUUUGGAGUCAAUGGGUUCAAUGAAAGUACAUGGUUCCUCCAUUGUUCACAAUCAGGCCAUUACUACUCUUAGCCAAGAUGACGAAUUUUCGUUUAGGAAGAACUUCCCAAAGCUAAUUAUGUGGUCUUUGAUUCUUCUUUUCGUGAUGGGGUUCAUUGCUGGUGGUUUUAUUCUAGGUGCAGUCCACAAUGCAAUUCUCCUCAUCGUGGUUGUGAUCCUUUUCGGUGCAGUUGCUACACUAUUUACAUGGAAUACUUAUUGGGGAAGACGAGCUAUCAUAGGUUAUAUUUCUAGUUAUUCAGAUUCCGAGCUUAGGACUGCAAAGAACGGGCAAUUUGUGAAGGUGUCAGGGGUGGUCACUUGUGGCAAUCUGCCCCUUGAGUCGUCCUUUCAAAGGAUUCCAAGAUGUGUGUAUACAUCUACAAGUUUAUAUGAGUAUCGAGGAUGGGGUUCAAAAGCUGCCCACCCUACACAUCGUCGCUUUACUUGGGGGCUCAGGUCGAUAGAAAGGCGUGUGGUAGAUUUUUACAUCUCUGAUUUCCAAUCUGGGUUAAGAGCAUUGGUAAAGACUGGCUGUGGGGCAAGGGUGACUCCUUAUGUUGAUGAUUCAAUUGUCAUUGAUGUGAAUCCGGAACAUGAAGAGCUGUCUCCAGAGUUUAUUAGAUGGCUGGGAGAGAGGAAACUUUCAAGCAAUGAUCGCAUUAUGCGGUUGAAAGAAGGGUACAUUAAAGAAGGAAGCACAGUUAGUGUAAUGGGAGUUGUCCAGAGAAAUGACAAUGUGCUGAUGAUUGUGCCUCCACCUGAGCCGGUCACGACAGGAUGCCAGUGGGCCAAAUGUAUCUUUCCAGCCAGCCUCGAGGGUAUUGUGUUGAGAUGUGAUGAUGCAUCAAAGAAUGAUGUCAUCCCAGUUUAGCAGUAAAAGUAAAUUGCGGACUUACCCUUUUAGGUAUUGCUCUUUCGAGAGUAUAUUCUUUACCUUUAUUAUUAUUGUUAAUUAUUAUUGAUGUUGGCGAUGGUGGUAGGAGUGAGGAAGUUGUGUCCGUAACAGAUUAAGACGGGGGUGGCGGUGUUUAUUCGUUUAACUUGGUGUAUAGUUUUGUGUUGUGUUUUUUUUUCUUCUAGGUUUUGAAAGCUUUUGUAAGCAAGGAAUUUACAUGUAUAAUCUGAUUGAGUUAAUGAAUGUGAAAUAGAAAGAAAGAAAGAAUUGAGUUAUUUGUAUA